GCGACCCAACGAAGUAUUUGUAAGCCGAACUCGUUGAUCACUUUUUAGCAUGCCUUUCCUAAUUGUUAGACGACCAGCAUAGUGACUUUAACGCAACAUGACAACAGUUGGCUUGCGAUACCCCAAUUCAUCGACGGUUGCACCUGGCGCAACCGCGCCCGGGCAAGUUAGCAUAUCAGGGUUAACCACGGACGGCAGAGCGGUUCUCAACUUUCCGCUUGUUACAAGCACAGGCGUCUUUCCCGACAACUACCUGCCCGCGUUAGAAGGUCGCCUUCCAUGUGAGGUCUAUAAAGACAUCCUCGCCCAUCUAAACAGCGCAGCCGGCAGCUUCAAGACCUCCCGCCUGCGCUGCGUGCUCAACGCGUUGUGCAUCCUCUGCACCGGUGGACUCGCUGGGCCCCUCUGGGUGCUGCCCAACACAUAUCGGCGUCACAGCAAGCGCGAGGCCGCCCUGCAGGCCGCCAUCCGCCGCCUCAACGCCCGCUACGGGCCGCCGCUGGGGCUGAACCUGCGGCGCAAUGCGGAGGGGGAGGCGGUGCUGCAGGCCAAGGGGGUGCGGCGCGGGCUGCGGGUGGAUCUGG